GUCUGGAGUACAUUCCUCCGUCAGAGAGAAACGCCUGAUGAUGAUCUCCGACACGAGGAGCAAGCAGGACAAAAACUCCCACAGUACUCUGAAGCCAUGAGGGGAUCUUUUUCUAUCGAGUGGAUGGCCCAGAGCAGCCAGCAGCCUGCGGGUACGGAGAACGCCUCUGCCUCUGGACCGGGACCAGGACCGGAACCCGCAGCCUGUGGGACGCAUACAGAGAGUCUGCCGGGUUUUUACCGCAGACAGAAGUGUGAAAAUGUACCCGAGCAGAAAGAAAGCAGGAGCCAGGGCCUCGAUGCUUUCAGUCUGAGCACUCGGCAGCACCAAACCUCUCUUAAUAAUCCAGCGACUGAAGCGGGUUUCAGCAGCGGGACAGAGGAGGAGACGUCCGGCUACGAGAGCGAGGAGGGUCACUCCCUCUCCCCCUCGGCCCCCGCCGACUGCCCCUCCCCCUCCGCCUCCGCCUCACCACCUUCACCCCCGUCGGGGCGGAGGCCUCGCACGGCGUUCACGGCGGAGCAGAUCAGCAGUCUGGAGAAAGCCUUCAAGAGGAACGCUUACCUGGGAACACAAGACAAGGCCGACCUCUGCAAGAAGCUCGACCUGUCGGACAAACAGAUCAGAAACUGGUUCCAGAACAGGCGGAUGAAGCUGAAGAGGACGGUGCAGGACGCCCUGGCUCACGCCUGCCAGGCGAGCGUCGCCUCUCAGUUGAUGCACUACCCCGAGCUGCAGGCCUACAGGCCGGGGCCGUACGCCAGAUACCACUCAGCAGCGGCGCAGGACGGCCCGGCCGCUGCCUCCUACCUCCACCCACACAGCCUGCAGUACAGCUCCGCUCGGCCCAGCGUCGCCUCUCUGCCCCUGGACUCUUUCUACCAGUACGGCAGCCUCCCCGGAGUCAUGCUGCCCUCUGGCACAACGCCACUCCUACCCGGAGCCUACCCGGCUUACCCUCAGUAUUACUGACACUCUGUGAAGAUUAGGGAUGUGACGAGACACUCAACUCACCAUUCCAUUUUAAGUU